AUGGAUGCAUCAGCAAGGAUGGAGCUUCCAGUGUUAGACAAGUUCUGUUUCAUCUUCGAUCUGCGGACAGGAUGCAUUGUCAUGGGGAUUAUCAAUUCCAUCCUGACGUUCAUCCUAGCAGUGCUGCUGAUCACGUUCGCAGUAGACAUCCGUGACGCGUCAGAGAUGAAACGCGACGACAUCGACUCGGGCAUGUCGUCUGUGGUGUAUACCAUUGUGGUGCUGCUGGUGGUACUGCUGUUUGUCAAGUUCCUGCUGGAUUUGGUGUUCGCGUAUGCUGUUUAUAAGGAGAAAUGCGGCAUCAUGAAGAAGUACUGCAUCUUCUGGAUCAUUUUCCUGGUGCUGUUCAUCAUCGGCUUCCUGAAGACCCUGUUCCACAUGGACGCUGGAUAUGUCAUCGCACAGAUAUUAUUUUUGGCUGAAAACUUUUACUACAUCGUGGUGAUAAGGAGCUACUUGAUAUCAAUCAACGAAGAUGGAGUCCUGUAAAUAGUUCCUUUUAUUAUUAAUAAUAAUAUUACCUAAUAGAAAUAUUAUUAUCUCCU